AUGCCUUUCUCGCCGCUUGAACUGCUUGAUGAAGACUAUUCAGAGCUUUUUCCAGCAACAGCUGUGAAGUCAAAUGAGAAAGUCGACAGAAAAGAAGGAAAAGUCAAUUCACAUGAAGAGAAUGUCCCUCAAAUUCACGUAACUGACAAACUAUUUUCCGAUAACUGGAGUUAUAAAGAGGGAUCAAACAUUUCCUCGCCGGUUGUUCAAAUGACUUCUGGAGAUGGAAAUGAACAACUGAGUUCUCCAGAUGAUUCAAAGACGAGUGAAAAUAACCAAAUAUCUGACGAUGAAUAUCUAAAGGCGGAAUGUUUUGGAAUAGAAAAUAGUGACAAGAAGCUAAGUGAGAAGAGUGAAAAACCAGACAGUAAUUCACAACGUAAAUUAUUUCAUCGGACAAAUGAAACAAGUGUUGCACCGACAAGUAAUAAUAAUCUGAAAGAUAGUAGCAUUACAUUCAAUGAAACUAAAGAAAAGGAAAAUGAUAAGGCAAGACUGUCAGACGAUAUAGAACCUGUUAUAAAACCCACUAUACGCACUAGAAGACAUAUUCUUAGUUCAAACCAACCAACAACUUAUGAUAUUACUUUGACUGAUCCAAAUGAUCAAUCACUUGGUAACACAUUGGUGAUUACUUCGAAAGAACAACAAAAUAUAAUUAAUAAUAAUAAUAAUAAUACACAAACUACUGAUAUAAUUAUAAAAUCAACUUGUCAAUCAAAUGAUAGUCUAAAAUCAUCACCAAGAUUAUCAUCAAUUAAACGAUCAAAUAGUUUAUAUCAUUUAACUAAUCAAAAAGCAUCCAACAAAUCUGCACAUCAUAAAUAUCAAAAUAAUAAUAAUAAUAAUAAUGAAUAUCCAUUAAAUGCAGUUGUUCUACGUGAUUUAGCUUAUCAAUCUUGGAGAAAUCGUUUAGUUAAAAGUGCACGUAUUGAACGUAUAUCAAAUUUACGUAAUGAAAUUGAUGAAACAAAAAAGGAGAAAGAGAAAUUGGAAAGAAUGAAAUCAAAUGAAAUGUGUUUUCAAGCAUGGAAGCAAAGUAAACAUCAACUUUUAAUUGAUGCAAUUAAAAGACGUAAAGCAGAAGAAUCGGCACAGAAAAAGAAGCUUGAAGAAGAACAGGAACGUAAACUGAACUCACAAAAGGCAUUCAAUGCAUGGAAAUCACAUAAAGAUGAAUCAAUCAUUAAACAACAUCGUGAAAAUUUAUCUAAACAAAAACGUGAACAACAAUCCAAAGAAACAGAACAAAAUGAAAAACAAUAUUUAAAUCAACAAGCAUUUGAAGAUUGGAAAGCCAAAAAAGAUGCCGCAUUAAAACAAAGCCUUCAGAGCAAAAGAAAACAUCAAAGUGAAAGAGAAAAACAACUAGAAGAAGCUAAUCGUAUUAAAAUGGAACAAGCAGCUGAAGCUUAUCAUCAAUGGGAAUUAAAAAAGAUUGUUGAUUGAGUCACUCACAAAUAAAUCCAGCAAUCUCCAGAACCUCGUCCCCACAUCAUCUUCAAUACUAAUGAUUAACUUUGUGAAGCGAUUUCCAGAACACUUUUGAGAAGCCAUGAUCAGUGGAGUUCAAUUGUAUAUCGAGUAAGGCAUCUACUCACCAAUGGUAUGAUGAGUUAAAUAAUAUAUCGACCGACCUGCAGUAGAAUCAUAAAAACAUAUUGCUAAGAAGUCCCAUACUAAAACGAAAGUUUCCCUUGUUUUCAGUAGCCGUUUAGCCAGGUUCAUUCCAUUGUUGUUGAACUAAAUAACAGUUGGUUCUUAUCACAAAACGAUACCAAUUAAAGUAUAGGUUGUAAGUUGUACUGUAGUUCGACAAAAAACCUUUUGACCAUAGAUUCAAAUUUAAAAUAAACACAUCAGGCAGUUGAUUAUAUUGCCUUGUAGCACAAACUACUUGGAGUUGAAAUAAUACGAACCACUGUAUUACC